AUGGAUAGAUUACAAAAGCACAUCUACAUCCAUGAAUCCCUGCUCCUUCCUCAAAUCAAGACUCAACAAGCCCCGAGUAAUCAACCUCCCUUGCCAGUUUCCAGCCAUGGGUUCCCCAUAUUGGCCAUUGCUGUACUAGGCAUCAUGGCUUCUAUUUUCUUACUAAUCAGCUACUAUAUCUUGGUCACCAAAUGCUGCUUCAGCUGGCAACAACUUGACCCCCUGAGACGCUUUUCUUUCCGGCGAGCACCCCGGAAUGAAGACUUCUUGAUGGCCUACUCUCCUUCAUUACCGACUCGAGGCCUCGAUGAAAUGCUUAUCCGCGAACUCCCCACUUUCCGGUAUUACAGGACCGAAGGGGAUGAAAGCGGCAGCCUAAACAAGUGUGUGGUCUGUUUGAACGAGUUUCAAGACCAAGAUAUGCUGAGACUUCUUCCUAAAUGUAGCCAUGCCUUCCACCUAGAUUGCAUUGAUAUAUGGCUUCAGAGCAACGCCAACUGCCCUCUUUGCAGAACAAGCAUUUCUGGGACCACCAGAGAUCCAUUUGAUAUGAUCAUUGCACCAAAUUCUUCACCCCAAGAGCCUCAGCCUUUGAUGAGAAGAAUGGUUGGAAGCAGUGAAGACUUUGUUGUGAUCCAAGUGAGCGGAGAAGAAGGGACUCGCAGCUUGUUGCAGGGGCACCAAGAGAGAAGUGAAUCCUGCAGACAAUUGGUGCAAUCUAGGAGUCGGUCCCUAAGAAAGUCUGAGUGGAAGUUGACAGAGUUGAAACCAGGGAAGGUUCAUCAUGCUUCCAUAAUGGGAGACGAAUGCAUUGAUGUUAGAGAGAAAGAUGAUCAAUUCUCCAUCCAGCCUAUUAGGAGAUCAUUCUCCAUGGAUUCUGCCGUGGACCGUCACGUUUAUUUGUCAGUUCAAGAGGUCGUAACGCAAAUUAGACACCCCAGUGAGGUUAGAAACAGUGAAGAAUCAAGUAGCAGAAGCCAAAGAUCAAUCUUCUCAUUCGGACACGGAAGAGGAUCUAAAAGAGCAGUUCUUCCAAUAGAUCAAUUGAAAUAUUAGAACUUUUAGCAGGU